AUGAACAGCUCAACUCAAUUAUUUGUUCCAAUUUUGGAAGGAAAGAAUUACAACAGGUGGAGUACUCAAAUGAAGGUUCUAUUUGAUUAUCAAGAUCUGCUUGAUACUAUUGAAAAUGGAAUCCAGGCGCUAACUGCUGAUGCUACCACUGCGCAAAGAACCGCCCAUGCCGAGUUGAAGAAGAAAGACAAGAAGGCAUUGUUUAUCAUCCACCAAGGGAUGAGAGACGACACAUUUGAGCAGAUAGAGGGAGCAAGCUCGGCACAUGAGGCUUGGAACAUCUUAUUGACAACAUACAAAGGCGAUGACAGAGUCAAGCGGAUACGACUUCAAACAUUAAGGCGGAAAUAUAAACUCUUGCAAAUGGAGCCUUCGGAAACAAUCAAAGCCUACGUUGCUCGAGUUCAGUCCAUGACAAAUAAUAUGAAGACAAAUGGAGAAACUCUUACAGAGCAAAAUAAGGUGGAGAAAAUUCUAAGAACCUUAACAUCUAGGUUUGAGCAUAUUGUGGCAGCUAUUGAGGAAGGCAACGAUACGUCAACAAUGACAGUCAAACAAUUGUUUGGAUCCUUAUGGGCUCAUGGAUGA